AUACAUCAUAUAAGUGAUUACAGUUACAUCAAAGGACUUACAGACGUCUUUUCUAAUCAGCAUCAUCCUCUUUUCUUCUCUUUCUGGAUUAGACUUCCAUGAAAACCUCUUCCAGCCAAAACUCAUCUCUUUGGCAUCUGCAGGACAAACAUGUCAGACUCUGCAUUGUUCCAGUGCCGUCCACUGAACUUUUAUAAUGCCCUCAUUGGUGUCCUGCACAGAAAAGGGCAGUCACAGAGGCCGGUCAUGUAUGAAAAAAAGGAAACUGAAGAAGUAUCAGUUUUCACUUCCUCUCAGAUAUAUUUCCAUGCAGCUGGAUGAUACUGUGCCUAUAUCAUAGACGUCCCUCCAGCCAGAGGAGCUAGUGCGACUAGUGUGCUAAGAUGAGCAACUGGGUGGGCAAUGAAGGGCUCUCCAUCAUUGUAAUUCUGGCAUGGUUGGGAAUAAACGCUUAUCUUUUCUGGAAUUUCUACCUUGUCUAUGAUGAUGGUAUAAGAUAUGUGUACUCCCGAGAACUUUAUGGUUCUGCCCUAGCCUGGGCCAGAGCACCAGCUGCCUGCUUAAACUUUAAUUGCCUCCUUAUCCUUCUUCCAGUAUGUCGGAAUCUACUUUCAUUUCUGCGUGGAUCCAGUGCGUGUUGUGGAAGAAGUCUAAGAAGACAGCUUGACCGAAACCUUACUUUUCACAAAAUGGUUGCUUGGAUGAUUGCUUUACAUACAGCUAUUCAUACCGUAGCACAUCUGUUUAAUGUGGAAAGGCUGGUGGAUGCUCGAGUUGAGGCAGCAAAUGGUUCAAUACAAGCUGUUCUGACUGACCUUGGAGACAGAGAGAAUGAAACAUAUGUAAACUUCGUCCGUUCAAAAGUGGCGAAUCCAAUAGGGGGCAUUAACGUGGCAUUCACAUUUCUGGCUGGACUGACUGGCGUAGUGAUAACUCUUGCUUUGAUCCUUAUAAUAACUUCAUCCACGAAAACAAUUCGCAGGUCAUACUUCGAAGUUUUUUGGUACACUCAUCAUCUUUUUGUCAUCUUCUUCAUUGGCCUUGUCAUCCAUGGAGCAGGACGAAUAGUGCGAGGACAGACUUUUGACAGUUUAAUAGAGCAUAACCCAAAUACCUGUAGAGAUAAUUUUACACUUUGGGGUCCUGAGCCGUGUCCUAUUCCACAAUUUGCAGGAAAUGAACCAAUGACCUGGAAAUGGGUUGUAGCACCCAUGGCCCUAUAUGUCAUUGAAAGGCUGAUCCGAUUUUGGCGAUCCCAGCAAAAAGUUGUUAUCACGAAGGUUGUUACACAUCCUUUCAAAACAUAUGAGCUGCAAAUGAAGAUGAAAGGUUUCAAGAUGGAAGUUGGGCAAUAUAUCUUUGUCCAAUGUCCUGCGGUAUCUAACUUAGAGUGGCAUCCAUUCACCUUGACUUCUGCCCCAGAGGAAGACUUCUUCAGUAUUCAUAUUCGUAUAGUUGGGGAUUGGACCGAGGGCCUGUUCAAAGCUUGUGGUUGUGACAAAACUGAAUUUCAAGAUGCAUGGAAAUUACCUAAAAUUUCAGUAGAUGGUCCCUUUGGAACAGCGAGUGAGGAUGUUUUUAGCUAUGAAGUGGCUGUUCUGGUGGGAGCUGGCAUUGGAGUCACUCCAUUUGCUUCCAUUUUGAAAUCUGUCUGGUACAAGUAUUGCAAUAAUGCAUCAACCUUAAGGCUUAAAAAGAUCUAUUUCUACUGGCUGUGCCGUGAGACACAAGCAUUUGAAUGGUUUGCGGAUUUGUUACAAUCAUUGGAGAAUCAAAUGCAAGAACGGAAUAAUGCAGAUUUUCUCAGCUACAAUAUCUAUCUAACUGGUUGGGAUGAAACCCAGGCCACAGCUUUCUCUUUACACCAUGACCAAGAGAAGGAUGUGAUCACUGGCCUUAAACAGAAGACCUUGUAUGGAAGACCAAACUGGGAAAAUGAAUUUAAAACUAUCGGAAGUGCACAUCCAAGCUCAAGAAUUGGUGUUUUCCUCUGUGGACCAGAAAGCCUUGCAGAGACCCUGAGCAAACUGUCCAUCGCCAACUCCUCUGUGGAUCCUAGAGGGGUGCACUUUAUUUUCAACAAAGAAAACUUCUAGCUCAGCAAAGUGUUCCAUUGUAUACAUUGAACAAAUAUUUGGAUUGAAAGGUGAAUUCAUACAAAAAUAAAAAAUAAAAUUAUUUCACAGCCCUAAAAUUGUAAAUAGCUGUUCUCUUCUGCUGCUUAGCGGUUGUCUGUCUCAAGACCUGUUAGCCAGCCUCCCCUUCCCCUGCAGCCAUGUGUGACUAAAGAAUUACUGGUCCAAAGAACACUGUGUAGUGUUUUUUCACUAAAUCCAGAUCUGAAGGAAACCUUUACAUUGAAUAUCUUCACUGCACUUAUUCUGAAGUACUUUGAAGCACAUGCCUGUACAACAGUAUACAUUUAGAAUAGGUAACGUUACUACUGAUACUGUAUCUACUUGGUAGCCAAGAUUAUUCCCUGUACCAGCGUUUUGAAAACGUGAAUUGACGUCAAUAAAAUGAAAUGUAUUUUUCUGCAAUAAAUGCUUUCACAGCUAAAGAUAUAUAGCUUUAUAAUACACUGCUCAAAAAUAUUAAGGGAACACUUAAACAACACAAUGUAACUCCAAGUCAAUGACACUUCUGUGAAAUCACACUGUCCACUCAGGAAGCAACACUGAUUGACAAUCAAUGUCACAUGCUGUUGUGCAAAUGAAACAGACAACAGGUGGACAUUAUAGGCAAUUAGCAAGACAAAGGAGUGGUUCUGCAGGUGGUGAACACAGACCACUUCUCAGUUCAUAUGUUUUCUGGCUGAUGUUUUGGUCACUUUGGAAUGCUGGCGGUGCUUUCACUCUAGUGGUAGCAUGAGACGGAGUCCACAACCCACACAAGUGGCUCAGAUAGUGCAGCUGAUCCAGGAUGGCACAUCAAUGCGAGCUGUGGCAAGAAGGUUUGCUGUGUCUGUCAGCAUAGUGUCCAGAGCAUGGAGGUACUACCAGGAGACAAGCCAGUACAUCAGGAAAUAUGGAGGAGGCCAACAACCCAGCAGCAGGACUGCUACCUCCGCCUUUGUGCAAGGAAGAGCAGGAGGAGCACCGCCAGAGCCCUGUAAAAUGACCUCCAGCAGGCCACAAAUGUGCAUGUAUCCACUCAAACAGGCAGAAACAGACUUCAUGAGGGUGGUAUGAGGGCCCGACGUCCACAGGUGGGGUUGUGCUUAUAGCCCAACACUGUGCAGGACGUUUGGCAUUUGCCAGAGAACUCCAAGAUUGGCAAAUUCACCACUGGUGCCCUGUGCUCUUCACAGAUGAAAGCAGGUUCACACUGAGCACAUGUAACAGACGUGACAGAGUCUGGAGAUGCUGCGGAGAACGUUCUGCUGCCUGCAACAUCCUCCAGCAUGACUGGUUUGGGGGGCCACACAGCCCUCCAUGUGCAUGCCAGAAGUAGCCUGGCUGCCAUUAGGUACCGAGAUGAGAUCCUCAGACCCCUUGUGAGACCGUAUGCGUGUGCAGUUGGCCCCUCAUGUGGCUGGAGUGUGUCAGCAGUUCCUGCAAGAGGAAGGCAUUGAUGCUAUGGACUGGCCAGCCCGUUCCAUUCUUCAGGCAGAAAUUUCCAAGAGGAUUUUCCGUUCACAAAUUCCGCUUCACAAAUUCCGAAGUGUUAAUUUGUGAACGGAAACCCAUUCACUAUACAGUACAUUUUAGCAAUUUUUUGCAGGCGGAAAUUCCGUAGUCUGAACCUAGCCUAAAAGCUGAACAGAGCUUCACUGAAAGAUACACAGACUGAAAGCUGCUGCACAGAGCUUGAGGUCUCAGAAUUACUAGCUAGUGUUUACACAAGGUUUCUUGCAGCUAUAUGGAGAAUGAUAAUAUAAUUUAUGUCAGGGUAGGUGUAUUUCAUUGUUUUCCUUGUCCCACAAUUGUUCUGCUAAAUCUUAUAUAGUAACAGUUAAACUAAAUAGCAUAUUAUGGGAAUAAUGGUAACUGAGGCUAUGUCCACCCAGUGUAUUUUAAUGUGUAUUUCAUUUAUGUUUCCAUAAAUUGCAUACAGUAUAUAAAAAUGGUCGUAUUUUUUCCAUCCGUUUAUAUAAGAAUAUGUCACUAUUUUUACUAAAUCAAAAACUUUCUGUCAAUUUCUUUCUUUCUUUUUUUUUUAAUAAAUACCUA